GUAAGCAACUCUUGAAAAUUAUAUUGAUCAAUUCAAAGUAACACCGUCCAAUUUGAAUUGCCAAUCAGCUGGAGCUCAGUUAACGGUAAGUAAACACUGUCGUGCUGCUGAUCUUCAUAUGUCCACCCAGAGUCCUUGGACUUCUUUCGAUCAAACACUUCUCCUUCCCCGGAAUAAUCCUCCGAUCCCCAUCACUCCAUCCCUUCCAGGGGCAUGUGACUCUCGCACCGACGGGACUGCUGUUCGAUAACCUGACACACCUGACACGCAGCCGAUUGGGGACAUAUCCAAAAUUAAUUCACUCCUAUAUAUUUCUCGAAAUAUGUAUCGCAUCUGCCCUCGCGUGUUCCUAACUAUCUAUACAACACCCGAGUUCAGCGAACGGAUUUCCCCCAAGGUCAUGGUCAAACAUUCCUCACAGUACCUUCCCGUCGAUUCUGCUGACAAUGAUAGUGAGGAGAAAUCAUUUGAUGAUGCAGAAAUGGUCCGUGCAGAACCUCAUCCCAAGUCGCAUAUCCUUUGCGUGUGGCCUAUGUUGAGCCACGGCGUGUUGAUAUGCACAUCGAUGCUAUUUUUCGCGCUAUGGAUGAGCACGCCUUCGCCCCACCUGCAUGACGAUAUUCCUAUAUACUCUCCAGCAAGUGUUGCUGUUGACUCCACGGUCGUAAGAUACAAUGGAACCCUUGACUUUCCUUCUAUCUAUCGUGGCCCUCCUUCUCCAGAAAUCGAUGCCGCUUGGUCCAGGGUAGCUCGCGAUGUGCUACCAACUCGAAUGUCGCUCGAGGAUAUCCUUAAAGCCGGUGAAGUAGAUUCACCUUCCAAGGUCAAAUAUCCACCCGAAUUUGGCGGGGGUUUCAUGGCAUCCAUGGAAGUCCCUCACCAACUCCAUUGUCUGAAUUUACUUCGCAAAGCCUCGUGGCCUGAGUAUUACGGACCCACAGAAAUUUCGUUCCAGGACAUACCUGAAGUAGUCCGCAUGCAUCUUGAUCAUUGCAUUGAAAUGAUUAGGCAGAAUAUCAUGUGCAAUGCUGACGUGACGAUGAUAACAUGGAACUGGGUUCAGGGACACAAAAUCCCAUACCCUAACUUCAACACCCGUCACCAAUGCAGGAACUACGAGAAAAUAUUGGAUUGGACUGUCAAGCACGCUGUUCAUAUCCCUAGAUCGGUAGUUACUCGUUUGGAAGAUACAGUUGACAUCCCCGUACCCUUCCACCUGAUGCACCAUGAUGUAUAAGGAAUAUCGUACUGCUUGCUCAUUGCAUACAUUCACGAGUAUCUUGCCAGAGCGGCAAUGAUGAAGAGCUUAGUUGAAUUAACGUAUUGUUAGCGCAUCGAUGUGGAAUUACAUCGUUUCGGUCACGGGAUGUCACGAUGCAUUGAUGUUUGUUCUCGCU